UUCCGCCCGUCCGGAAAUCAGGCAAUUUCUAAGCAUUCACGCCCACUUUUUGAAGAUGAUUGCGUCGGCUGCAACUUUUGGCCGCUAUUUGUGGCCCUGCGCCCUACGACACAGCAAAAGCCUCCUCGCUAGCCGAAGUCUCGCCACGCCAUCGGCUCAUCCUUACGCCGCUAAUCAGCAGGCACGGGAGGACCUUGCGGCAGCCUACCGCGGACUGGACUUCUACGGGAUGGGGGAAGGGAUAUGCACCCAUCUGACAACCAGGGCACCUCCGCGGAGCGGCAGCGGGGACAUGAUGCUGCUGAUACCCUACGGCUUGCACUGGAGUGAGGUGACGGCCAGUUGUUUAAUAGGUGUGGACAUUCAUACGGGCAAAGUCGUUGAGGGUGAUGGUGACGUAGAGCCCAGUGCAGCCAACAUCCACACUGCCAUCUACAAGAGCAAAGGCGACACGGUCAACUGCAUCAUGCACACACAUCAGUUUUACACAAUGCUGCUCAGUUGUCUAGAGCAACCAGGGUUGCGCAACAUCCAUCAGCACGCCAUGCGCUUCUACGGUAGAGUAGCCUACGACAGGUCGUACGGGGGUACGGCGCACGAGGGUGAGGCGGAGAGCACGCGGUUGGCCCGCAACCUUGGCGAUAAAGACUUCCUGAUCAUGGGCAAUCACGGCGUGCUGGGUGUCGGACACUCGCUGGCGUACGUCUUCGACAGUAUGUACUACCUGGAGAGGGCUGCCAAGCUACAGGUGCUUGCGGCAGCCACAGGAAUGAAACAAUUUGAAGCCUCUGACGAAGUGGCUCUGAAAGUAGCCAAUUACUUUGAGGCGCACGGAGACCAAUUCUGGGAUAAGCAUUUUGCCGGCAUCAAGAACCUGUUGCAACGGAGGCAGCCGGACUACAGGUCUUAGAGCCUAGAGAUCCACGAAGAGAUCAGUGUGCAAGAUUUAUUUCCCGAUAGUUCUAAGACGCAGUGCGCGUUUUGCGUGUGUAUCGGCAAGUCCGGUCCAUAAAAACUGUUAAUUAAAUCGUUGGAAAUGUAUAUUUUCGUAUCUUUUUUGACUUUGAAACUCGAGGUAUUUAUGAAUAAGAAUGAGUUUUGCCGGUCUCAAACGUUCGUUUAUUGGGAAUAUGGAAACUAGUAACAUGACCAACCACAUAUUUAAUCCCUUGUUAAAAACAUGAAAAUUUGAAUAUAAUAUAUAGUUUAACAUAAAUACAAUAUUCUCUGUACAUGUAACAGAUUACAGUUUGACCCAGGCCACAGUGAGUGACCUCGCCGUGGUCUAGAAUGAUUAGUUACUGGCUGUGAGUUCGAGGUUUCUUGUAAGACUACGUCAUUUCUAGUUGUCUAAGUGUACGUUCUGGAGGAUUCUUGUAAGAUUAAGCAACGCUAAAAGUCUAUUUUAAGAAACAUUCGUAAUAAAAGAAAUUUCUAGAAGACUUGUAGGCUAUAAAAAUACGGGCU